UCCCCGCCGGUGGGCAAGGGUCGGGCGGCCUCGCGGCUGCGCCCCGGUAUUUCCCGUUCGCCGGCCCGUUUCGCGCAGGCGCGCGCGGCGGCUACGAGUUGGCGCGUCGCGCGGGCGGCGGCGGCAUGGGGCUGAGCCGGGUGCGGGCUGUCUUCUUCGACUUGGACAACACGCUCAUCGACACGGCCGGGGCGAGUCGGAAAGGCAUGUUGGAGGUGAUAAAGCUCUUACAAUCAAAAUACCAUUACAAAGAAGAGGCUGAAAUCAUCUGUAACAAAGUUCAAGUUAAGCUCAGCAAGGAAUGUUUUCAUCCUUCUAAAAGCUGCAUUACUGACCUCAGGACUUCACACUGGGAAGAAGCAAUCCAGGAAAUAAAAGGUGGUGCGGCCAAUAGGAAAUUAGCUGAAGAAUGUUAUUUCCUGUGGAAAUCUACACGUUUACAGCAUAUGACACUAGCAGAAGAUGUCAAAGCCAUGCUCACUGAACUUCGAAAGGAGGUCCGCCUACUUUUAUUAACAAAUGGAGAACAGCAGACCCAGAGGGAGAAGAUCAAGGCUUGUGCCUGUCAGUCCUAUUUUGACGCUAUUGUUGUAGGUGGAGAGCAGAAAGAGGAGAAACCGGCACCUUCCAUAUUUUAUUACUCCUGUGAUCUCCUUGGAGUACAGCCUGGGGACUGUGUGAUGGUUGGUGACACACUAGAAACCGAUAUACAAGGAGGCCUCAAUGCAGGGCUGAAGGCAACAGUCUGGAUAAAUAAAAAUGGAAUGGUGCCGUUGAAGUCAUCCCCCAGGCCGCAUUAUAUAGUUUCUUCCGUGCUAGAGUUACCUGCUCUCUUACAAAGUAUAGACUGCAAAGUCAGUGUGUCUGCUUAAAGCACAGAAAAGGGUACGCAGUGAGGUUGAGGGACCAGUCUGUCUUGCUGUGGAUGAGUGCAAGCCACAUGGCCCCAGAAGUCACUUUCCUGGAAGUUGCCUUGGUGUGGCCUAAUCGUGCUGCCCGCAUCUGUUGUCUGCUGACUGGAUAGUUUCACCCAUAUGAUGAAAACUAGUAGAAAAUUAGGUUUUGCUAUGAACCAUUUCCAGAGUGCCAUUUUAAUACUUGACUGGCUCUUUUUGGUGUCACCAUCUGCCUUAAGUCUCCUGUUUUUAAAAUUUUGGGAACUAUGUCAUUGUUUCACAGAUUUCUGUAUCCAUUUCAGAGUUUGCUUUGAGCUUAGUAAUUGAAACUCCAUAGGGAGGCAUCUUGCAACUAGAAAAAUGUCUCAAGACCAUUAGGCUAGAAAGUCUCAUGAUUUCACCAGCCAAACUUAGAGUAAAAUGGUUAAUUAAGGAAAAAAGAAAUAAUGAUUAGGGUUGUUUUUUGGUAGGGUGUUUUUUUUAACUUUUGUAUAGGAAACUACUAGUGUAAGAUGUUCGGUAGUUGGGGUAUAUUUAGCUAGGGCUCCUUCAAGUAUUCUGCGAAGAACAGGAUCCUCUGCCAUUGUGCAUGUGCCUGUUGCGCUUCUCACUCUUAAUUUUUAAAAAUGUGAUUGUGCCCUUGACUGUUCGCUCUGAAGCUGAACGUUUGUGGACAGGGAAUGUUUGUGUAUAGCUCUUCCAGGUACGGUGUCCAUGUGACCUCAAUUAUAAUUGUAGCUAUUUGAAAAUUGUUAAGUUGGAGGAUGUUGACAGGAAAAUAGUUGUGUGCAUGAUUUCUCCAGUGGGCUGAGUGUGGUGCUGAGAGCUUGUCCUUUCAGCUCACCCACAGGAUGGGUCUAGACAUGGCACGUUCACUGUGCUCACUGAGAAGGCUCAUUGCUCCCAGAUCACGGCAGCAGACCUCCUAGGAUGUUAUAUGAGCAGUUCGUCAGCAAAAGUGAUGUGGCGGGGAAUGAAAUAAUUGAGUUUUUGGUAAUGUAAUAUUACAUUCCAUUUGCACUUUUCCUUAGGGAAGAACUUUGUGGUUUUCUGCCUUCUGAGUGGAAUGUUACAGAAGAUAUUAAGAAAUCUUGGAAUAGACCUAUUUUAUUAAUAAUGUUUUUGUUUUAGAAUAAUAUUUUGUUUUUCGUAGUUUCCCAUACUCCUAGAAAGCCAUAAAUUCUCAAUUGUCCAGAGGCUCUCCCAAACACUCAUUACAGAGGAAGGCCUAGAGUAGACACGAGUGGAUGCUGCCCCUGGAACACUGACACAAUGAUGGAUGUUUUCUGGUUCCAUACACAUGUCCACCCACUGGUGCAUGAACAUCUUAGAUAUGGUGGUGCCCUGGACCCAGCAAGUGUGAAUAUUGUAGGAAAGACAGUUUUCUUAGUUACAGAGGGACUUGGUUUAGCACUUUCAGAUUUCUUGGCAACCCACAAUAGGAAACAUUUUCUGUCACAACCCAUUAAACACAUUUAUAGUGAACAUUUAGUUAAUAUCAGCGUGUGUAUAUUAAA